GUCUAAACAGAUACGUCUUGAUUUGACAUUUAAAAUAAUCCACAGACACCGCAGACCGUAAGUGGCAGGCAGAGGUUCAGAGUUUGGGAGCUAUUGAUUCAAAGACUCGAUCACCCCGAGUCUUAAGGCGGGUGCGUGUGACAGACAGUUCAUUGAAUGUGUUUGAUGGGAGGCAGCGAGCAGACGUAUGCCGGGGCCAGAUUGUGCAGUGCUGGUGGACGUGAGGACGUGGCGGUAAAGACGCAGCAGCCUGCGCAAACUCGCUGACACGCCAGCGGCUCCGCUCUUCCACGUGGAGCCCGUCAUUGACCACAACAGUCGGUCUCCGUGGCAGCGGGGAGCGCGCAUGCAGCCGCCGUUGCGCAGUGCAGAGCGGGAGGCGAGCAGGGCGGUGCGGGGCAGAGGUGAUCCAGAUGUGAACCUUAGAACCCGCAGGAACUAAACCUCUCACUGUCCUCUUCAGCCAUGCAGACAGGUGUGUUCAUGGAGUCUCACCUGGGCAGGUCGGUCUCAUGUGUGAUGUUGCUGUACCUGUUCAUACACCUGGCCUGGGCUGCACCAGGUCUACCUGGGACAGAAAGGGAGGAAUCAGUGGAUGCCGGCCCUCCUUCACUAGCCAAUCCAUUCGGCUCCAGCGAAGAGGAGCGCAGAUUGCUGCAAAGUUACAUUCAAUCCAGUCUGAAGGACGGUCAAGGCGAGGCAGACAUCAGCACCUGGGAGCAAGAGGUGUUCUUCCUGUUUCGUCUUUAUGACUAUGAUCGCAGUGGGCUCCUGGAUGGCUUGGAGAUGAUGAAGCUACUUUCAGACUACAACUCCCAUCAUACACCUGGAGCACAGGCCAAUGAGCUGGUGGUGUCUAUGGUAGAUUUUUUACUCCAGACUCAGGAUCUAAACCAGGAUGGCCUGUUGGCUCCAUCCGAGAUGCUGUCUCCUUCAUUACCUCACACACAGGACUCAAGCAACAACAAUGCAUCUGACCAGGAGAAGCUGUCAAACCCCAGUACUGACGAGGAGGAAGCAGCUGCAGCAGAGCAGAGGGAGGAGCCGCAGCCUCAAGAUGAAGGAAAGACAAAAGAGGAGGAGCUUAUAAACCAAGUAGAUGAACAGCAUGGACAACAAAUCCCAGAAGCCCUAGCAGCAGAACAUAAGCAGGACCACCAAGUCCCUGUUCAUCAGGGGCAACCAGAGAUGUGAAUGUACACAUAAUCCACAUAAUAACUUCUCCUGAGUCAACAGAGGACUGAUAACAGAGCUAAAAAUACCACUAAUACAACUUAUUUUUAUUCUACAUCCCCACAGAUUACCUUUCUUUUUUUCUCUGAGAUUCCACUUUUCAUUUCAUUUGACUGUUAAACACAUAGGCAUUUGAUUAAUGAGAGAAUGAAUGUAUUGAAAGUACUCCUGUCAACGUUUUUUUUUUCUGCAAACAUUAAUUAUACGUUUUAAUAGUGAAUGCAAAGAUCUCUAGAGUUGUGUAAAGGACAAAAGUGCUGAAUUCAAAAUGCAAUAUUAUUCCUAUUAGUAAAAGGGAAGCCAUCAUAAUAGGGAUUAGCACUUAGCUUUCUUUUCCUAGCAAGUAAAACAGUUGAUCAUCUUUUUUUUUUCAUUUGAAAAGUGUAAAAUGUGUUGGCCUACUUUAUUUGCACUAAUUGGAUUUAUUUAUCUUUUUCUGUUAUUCCUAUAAACACGAUCCUAUUUUGAAUGCAUGUGUUGAUGUAGAGACUUGUUUCAUGUACACACUGAUAGGCCUUAUUGUGUCUGACUGACCCACUUAAGGCUACGAUUUGCACCAAGUAGUUAUGCACCAGACUGUUAAUCAGUUAAACUGGUCAAUUUAGCCAUGACAUUACAUUUGGUCUUUCUUAAGUAUUUUCUCAGUGUACACAGUGACUUCAUUUACCAAAUACAAUUACGUUACUAUUG